AUGGCCGGAGCCUUUGUGCACGAAAGGCCUCAGGGGUUGGUAGCAGGCAACGGCCUCGGGAGGGGUGUUGCUGUAGUCCCUUCACCUUGCAAAUACUUUCCCACCUCAGGCAGUGGGAUGAGAGGGGUUUCUCCUGUAGGCGUUUCCUCAGGGGGCCUUCCAGGCCCCCGUUUUAGCUCGAUGGAGGAGAACCUCCAGAGACAGGGCAAAGGAGUGUCUCCGGUGUAUAGCAGACUGCAGAUAUAUUGUCCUGAGAAGGAUGGCGGGCUGCAUCGUGGAGCCAAGAGAGGCCCCUUUGCCGGCGCUGUUCUCCAGCCAAAUUCGAGACGGCCGAGAGGACAGUCUCCUACGGAGUUGCCCUCAAAGUACGAGCUGGCAGCUGUAGCUGCACUGUGCAAGACACCAGCUGUGCCCUCCCCAUCUCGCAGCAGGGGGCCUCCACAGCCCUGUCCUUUCCCCGCGGCAUGUUCAUUCGUCCCAGGCAACCAACAUCCUUGCGGGAAGCCGCUGGCAACUGCGGGGAUGCCUCAAAAGAUUUGCAGCUCGCCUGUCCCCUUCGUGCGCCGGCCAGAGAGGGGCGUCAAGUGGGGAGGCCAGGAGCCGAUGCUUCGAAAGAGCAGAUCGCCCUACGGGGCCCAAUGGACGCCACUUGCAAUCGAGCAAGCGCCGAAGGAAACUCCUGUGCUUCCAGAGGGGGCACCGUGGAUGCAGCAAAAGCGUUUCGCUGCACAGUCCUUUGUUGAGAGCGGACCCCUUGGAGGGAAAUUCCUGCUAGGAGGUUCUCCCAGAGGUCUUUGCUCCGAUUCGUGCAUGUGCGCAGGGUGUCCCUGUAGCCCUGAAGGCUUGCAUCAGGCGCCUCAGGCAUUCAAGGGGGCUGAGGGGUGCACGAUGUACGGGAAGCCAUGCAUUAGGAACCAAGAUGCUGCUCCAUGGACAUCAGGCUGGAGCUCAGCGGCUAACGGUCGCCCCUUUGCGACUGUGCGUCCCGUACAGCAGCAGUCGCUGACGGCAUACACGCCUCCGUGCAAUGUAGGCGAGGGGGGGCUUAACGGGACGGAACCUUCUCCACAGGUAGAGGCAGUCUCGAGUUUGUCACCAUUGCCCAAAGGGCUUCGCCUCGAGGCCCCGGCAGCCGCAGCGUGGGGGCUGGAGCAGCCUGGUGCUCUGCCUGCAACUCGAGGCAAGGAGGAGAGUGGGCCAGUGAUCAAGGGAGAUACGCCCGCCGACGUGGUGACAGUAUAUGGGACAGAUCGAUUUUGGGAAUUGCUGGAGUGUCUCAUGGAGCUUCAGCAAGGGCCUUCUUCUUUGCUGAGCAGCAGUGUGACUUUUGAUUCAACUUUGCUGGCAGGGGGAGGUUUGUUGUAUUCGUUAAUUGAGGAGGGUAGUUUCGGCCGUGUGUUUGUGGGGUCUCACAAUGAGUCCAAGGUUGCCAUUAAGGUGCCAGUUGAGGCAAUGCUGAAGAGCGAUGCUGUGGGGGUCCUGGAAAGGAUUCUAAAUGAGUGGAAAAUCCUUCUGAUGUGUAGACAUCCAAACAUUGUCCAGCUCGUAGGAGGCAUAGUGCACGGCCCGUUUGACGUAUGGCUGGUAACCAGGUUGGCGGACGGCAGCGACCUGCACUCCCGCAAGUACUCACGCGACCCAUCGAUCCAGCGGCGGAUAACACCAGCUCAGGGUCUCUUCAUGUGCCGCCAGCUAGCUGCAGGGGUGGCUUACCUGCACACUCCAAUCCCAGGAGUUAAACCGGUGGUCGUACAUAGGGACAUCAAGCCGGAAAACGUGCUGGUGGCUGACGACUGGAGGAUUCAACUGUGCGAUUUUGGAGAUGCAGAGGCCUCGGAGGACGGGCAAGUGUCUCGCAUCUCCGGCGCCACUUGGUUCUACGCCCCUGCCGAGCUGCUGCGCAGCUGCCCAGUAGAGUGUAUGGGGGUCGAGGAGGGGCCCGGCGGGGGCUCACGGGCCUUGCCGUCGUUCAAUGAGAAGUGGGACAUUUGGUCCAUGGGAUGUGUUUUCCAUGAGAUGUUUGGAUUUUUCAACCCCAUGCAUGUACACAUAUCAAGCCGUGAUAGUCCUGGGGUCAUUUAUAAAAAGCUCAAAAAGAAGGCGCUAGCGAAUGCUCUAGUUCCUGCCAUUGCGGAUGAGAUCCAGGGCAUUGCGAGGCAUAUUAUUCUUAGCUGCCUCCACCCGGAUCCAGCGGCCAGACCAUCAGCAGCGGAAGUGCUGCAAAUGUGGAGCGCUAGGGACGAGGACAUCCUGAAAGACAUGCACAUCAACCCCAAUAACAACUCUUCCAAUAACAGUGCCUCGAAUUCACUGGGAAACGGCUACUGCAGUGCAGCUGAUCAAAUGCGAUUCCCAGCUGUGUCGGUGCCGCAACAACACCUGAGUUCCAAUACCGCUCAGCCGUACACGAUGUCAGGCUCUCGCUGUAAAGCUAAUGGCAGCAGCACAGAAUGGGGGCCUCGGCAUGGGGGGGGCCAUGCAGCUAGAGAACAGAACACCCGAGUAUACAUGGGAGACCGACGCACCCCAGCUAAGCUCUCAGCUCCAAAAUUUCGUUUCUCAAACAGUUCCCCAGCCCCAGAACUUCGGCCCAAAAACCGUGUAGAGUUAAAGGUGCACGGGUCGUGGAAAAUCAACGGCUUUCGGGGGAGUCAAGCUAUGUGCGUAUGGGCUCACCACUUUGCAGCAAUGUCCAAACACAAUUAG